AUGGAAAACGGAGGCUACGGCCAGAGGUCGUCGGGCUUCAGUUUCGGCCGCAUUGUUGGCGACCCGUUCGCCCUCGCCACAAUCUCCAUUGGCAUCCUCGCCUGGAUCAUCUCCUUUGUCAGCUCCAUAAUAUCUGCCAUUCAUGGCGGCUUCCCCAACUUCGCAUGGUGGACUCUUGUCUUCAUGUUCUUCUGCAUCGUUGGCGUCACCGUCACAGUCGCUUCAGAUGCUGAGCGCACUUACCAUGUCGCCAUUGUCGGUUUCCUCGCUGCUGGCCUCGUCUUCACCACCUCGUCUGUCAACUCGCUCGUUUACUCACCCGUCACCCCCUUCGAGGCUGCUGCCGCCGGCUAUAUUCUGCUCUCCAUGAUCGCGAUUGUCUGGAUCUUCUACUACGGCUCCCAACCACAAGCCAGCCACCGCACCUUUGUCGACUCGUACGCCCUUAACAAGGAGCAGCCAGGCUCUCGCUCGUCCCGACCCAUUUCCAAUGGCUACACGAACCGCCCUGAAACCCAGAGCGCCGCCCCCCAAAUGUACACAUCCGCCCAACUCAACGGCUUCGAAACCUCAUCUCCCGUGUCCGGCUACCCCGGAGGCCCCACUGGCGCAAACGCCCGCAACUCGUCCGCCCCGCCCUUUGGCGGUAUCCCCUCCCAAGUACAAGACGAGGCUCAGCAAGAAGCCACCAUCGAGUACCCCUACCGCGCAAAGGCCAUCUACAGCUACGAGGCCAACCCAGACGAUGCCAACGAGAUCAGCUUCCAAAAGCACGAUAUUCUCGAAGUAUCCGACGUCAGCGGACGGUGGUGGCAGGCCAAGAAGCCAAAUGGCGAGACAGGUAUCGCGCCCAGCAACUACCUCAUCUUGCUAUAA